GAUAUGUUUUUAGAAAGCACUUGCGACUACGAUAUUGAUUGGAAAAAAUGUAUCGCUAUUUGUAGCGAUGGCGCAAAAGCUACGACUGGCAAAAAUAGCGGACUCAUUACAAAAUUCAAAUCGAUAAUACCAAACAUAUCCUGGACACACUGUUUUCUUCAUCGACAGGCUCUAGCUGCUAAGGUAGUACCUUCUGAUUUAAAUGACGUGCUCAAGGAGGUAAUAAAAAUUGUGAAUUCUAUCAAAGGUAAAGCUUUGCAAACCCGGCUAUUCAGAAUCGUUUGUGAUGAUAUGGGCUCGCUUCAUCAAAAUCUCCUUUAUCACACAGAGGUCAGGUGGCUAUCCAAAGGAAAGGUAUUGACAAGAGUUCUGGAACUGAGAGCUGAAUUGUUGAUGUUCUUACAAGAUGCAAAAUCAGAAUAUGCUUACCGUUUUUCUGAUCCGUUUUUGGCUUUUAGCCACCUUAACAAAUUGAACAAGAACUUUCAAGGAAGAAAAUAUUUUUACAGCUAAAGAUAAAGUAAAAGCAUUUCACGCAAAACUUCGUUCGUGGUCGACCUCUCUGCAAAACAAAAUGUUUGAGUCUUUUCCGUGUGUUCAGAAGACUGUUGAAGAUAAUGCAUCAGACCAAAGUUUUGCAGUAUCGGCUCAUAUUCCUUGCAUGAUACAAAGCUUGCAUAAUUUACAAGAGAAACUUUUGACAUACUUUCCAGACUUGCACUCUGAAGCUGACAAUGGGCGUAGAUGGAGACUGAUCGCAUGCUUAAAAUGGAAUUUUAUUCGCAAAGUGUCGACGUAUUUUGGAUGAAAAGAAAACACGAAUAUCCAGAGCUGGAAAGGGAAGCUCUUAAAUUAUUAGUGCCAUUCGCCACUUCAUACUUGUGUGAACUGGCAUUUUCUUCAAUGGUAGACAUUAAAACUAAAAAGAAAAAUAGACUGCAAUUAGAAAAUGAUUUAAUUACACUGUCCAACAAAUGAAGACUUUUUGAAUGGAACAGAAUAGCGACCCCAUAAUUCUGAAAGGGUAUGUUGAGUAGAUCAUUUUUGUAGAUCAAACUUAUGGUCCAGCACGUCUGAGUUUUUUUUUACAGUGGGUCAAAGUUUUCAUUUUUUGGCCGAAGGGAGCAUUAUACUAUAUGAAAAAAAUGUCGUAAGUUAAUGUCUGAGAGAAUUCUUAUGGUCAGAGUUGUGUUGUGGAAUUGUAUGAGGAUUAUUUUUGUGGAAGACCUUAACCCUCUAACUGGUUUCUUUAUGGGUCAAUUUGACCCUUUUUUCGAGAAAAUCAAAAAAUAUCCUUUAAAAAAGAACAUUUAAGGAUUAAAAUAUUCUACGAAAAUGUUUGGCGGAAAAUUUCAGUGGGGGUCACCAAAGACACCAUUGUUGUAAAUAAAGCUCUUUACGAUUAAUUGGCAAAAUUACACGCCAACAUAUACAAAGUAGGUGAAAACGUCGUCAAGUUCGGCCGGGCCAAACACUGAGUUCUCGCGUCUAGUCAGCUGUGACUUACAAAUCGGGUGUGAUUUUUACUAAAAUUAAUAUAAAACAAGUAAGAAAAGGCUAAGUUCGGGUGUAAAAGAACAUUUUAUACUCUCGCAAUUUAUUGAAGAAAUUUUAUUAAGAUAACGCACAAAUUUACCCAUAAAUUCGGCAUAAAGUUUAAUAGAAUAACGAAAAUCGUCAUAUAUAGAUAUGAGGGCUGAGGUAAUUCCUGAACCGAUUUCAUUCAAUUUCACCAGCAAGGUACACUAUAUCCAAUACUAUACGCUCACUUAAUUUUGCUAAGAUAUAUCACAUAUUAACCAAUACGUAAUAAAGCCCAACGAAUUUUUGAAAAACCUAUAAUUAUGUAUAUGAGAGCUAGGAGAUGUUGUGACCCGAUUUUAAUAAUUUUUGGAACAGAGACACACUAUUGGAAGAAAACAAUUUUCUCUGAAUUACAUUAAAUUAGUUGAGAGAUUUACCCAUAUUUUCGGUUAAAAUUUAACCUUAGGCGCUGAGUUUAAUAUGUUCGAUAUCUGGGGCCUUGAAAAGUUAUAGUCUGUUUUCGACAAUUUUUUCACAAGUGAUGCCACAGAUCAUAUACUGUAUUUGUGUAAAGUUUUAUUUCGCUAUCAUCAUUGGUUCCUAAUGUAUAUAUUACAAAGUGAAGGAUUCAGAUGGAAUUCAAAAUUGAGUUAUAAAGAAAGUAGUCGUGGUUGUGAACCGAUUUCAACCAUUUUCCACACAUGUCAUCAGGGUGUCAAUAAAAUAUUAUAUACCGAAUUUUAUUGAAAUCUGUCUAGUAGUUCCUUAGAUAUGGUUUUUGACCCAUAAGUGGGCGAUGCCACGCCCAUUUUCCAUUUUGUAAAAAGAUCUGAGUGCAGCUUCCUUCUGCUAUCAUUUCUGUGAAAUUUUGUGUUUAUGACGUUUCUCGUUAGUGAGUUAACGCACUUUUAGUCAUUUUCAACCUAACCUUUGUAUGGGAGGUGGGCGUGGUUAUUAUCCGAUUUCUUUCAUUUUUGGACUGUAUAAGGAAACGGCUAAAAGAAACUACUGCAGAAAGUUUGGUUUAUAUAGCUUUAUUGGAUUGCAAAAUAUAUACACAAAAAGCAUAUUUGGGGGCGGGGUCACGCCCACCUUUCCAAAAAAAUUAUAUUCAAAUGUGCCCCUCCGUAAUGCGAUCCUAUGUUCCAAAUUUUAUUUUCAUAACUUUAUUUAUGGCUUAGUUAUAGUUCUUUAUGAGUUUUUGGUUAUCGCCAUUUUGUGGGCGUGGCAGUGGUCCGAUUCUGUCCAUCUUCGAACUUAACCUUCUUAUGGUGCCAAGGAACACGUGUUCCAAGUUUCAUUAAGAUAUCCCAAUUUUUACUCAAGUUACAGCUUGCACGGGCGGACAGACGGACAGACAGACAUCCGGAUUUGAACUUUACUCGUCACCCUGAUCACUUUGGUAUAUAUAACCCUAUAUCUAACUCGUUUAGUUUUAGGACUUACAAACAACCGUUAUGUGGACUAAACUAUAAUACUCUCUUUAGCAACUUUUGUUGCGAGAGUAUAAAAAGAACAAUUAAAGCUUAAAUAAGCAUGGCGGAUUCUGUUUGCAAAUUAAGAGAUUGGUUUUGUUUUAUUUAUGGACAUUUUACGCACCUUCAAAGCAGAAGAAAGAUAUUCCCUACAAUUGAAGAACCAUAUUUUCUUUUCAUUGGAAUACGAUUUUUAUGUGAAGCUUGGAUACCAAAAACUGUAUGUACUACUUGCGAAAGUGGUCUUUUGACCUAGUACAAAGGCGGUACUAAGGCGCUGUCAUUCUGCGCCUAUUAUAUAGAUUGAACCUGAAAACCACAAAUCAGAUACAUGCUAUUUUUGCGUAAAUUACAAAUUUGGUAGAAGCCAAAGACACUACGCGAUAAUGACAUACGAAGCAACAAAUAAUGUCAUUUUACCAGAAGUGCGCUGUGAAGGUGUUCCGGUGCCUCAACCGCCUACACAUACAUUUUCGGCCAAAAUGACAUACGCCAAUACAGAAAUAACAGCGGCGGUUGAAAACUUAUCAGAUAUAAGUUACUUGCCUCCUGGUGGCUUAAAUAUAUGUCCUAAUUUGAUAGACCAAGCUUAUUUUGAAGAUCUUGUAAGAGAUUUAGGACUAACAAAAGAGAAAGCUGAAAUAUUAUGUUCCAGAUUGAAAAACAGGAAUUUGAUAAAAGCCGAUGUAAAAGUUACAUCGCCAAGAAAAAGACACGCCGAUUUGGAAAGUUAUUUUAAAAAAUCAGAAAAACUUGUGUACUGUUGCAGUAUUGAAGAGGUUCUAAAAUAUCUAAAGCUUCCACUGGACUCUUCCGCUUGGCGACUAUUUAUAGAUAGUUCAAAACACAGCUUAAAAGCAGUUUUACUGCACAAUGGAAAUCAGCAUCCAUCAAUACCGGUUGCGUAUGUCACAAAAAAUGAGGAAACAUACGCAAAUAUUUCAAAUCUCUUAAAUAAAAUUGAAUACUAUAAAUAUAAAUGGGAAGUAUGCGCAGACUUCAAAAUGAUUGCAAUAUUGACUGGAAUGCAAACAGGAUACACAAAAUAUAUGUGCUUUCUUUGUAAAUGGGAUUCACGUGCUACCAGCAGCCAUUAUCAUAUUAAAUAUUUCGAAGAACGUAAAGAAAAUAUUAUUGGUGACUUAAAUGUAAUCCAUGAAUCUCUUGUCCCAAAAGAUAAGGUCAUACUUCCACCGCUGCAUAUUAAGUUGGGCGUGGUGACAAAUUUUAUUAAAAGCUUAAAUACACAAGGAUAUGCUUUCAAACGCAUUCAAACAAUUUUCUCCAGAUUAUCUGCAGCAAAAUUAAAAGAAGGAAUGCUCGUUGAACCCGAUAUAAGAAAAUUAUUACAAGAUGAAGAAUUUUAUGGUCAUCUGUCGGAUAUGCAAAAGACAGCAUUUGACUUUAUGCAGCUGGUUCAUCAGAAUUCCUUGGAAACUCAAAGCACAAAACUAUGCAGAAAAUUUUGAAAGCAUGCUAAUCGGUUUUAACAAUAUUGGCGUUAAGAUGUCACUAAAGCUGCAUUUCUGCACUCUCAUCUCAAUUUUUUUAAAGAAAACCUUGGAGCGGUUUCAGAUGAACACGGUGAACGGUUUCAUCAGGAUAUAAAGGUAUUGGAAGAAAGAUUCAAAGGGAAAUCCCAAACUGUAAUGCUUGCUGAAUACGUAUGGUGCUUGUACAAAAACCUUGACACAUCGGAACAUUCACGUCAAGCUAAAUACAGGAAAGCAUAUUAAGUUUAAUCUUUAAUCCAUUGUCCUACUACUGCUGAAGCAAAAAAAUAAAUAUGUACAUACUAUAAUAAACCACUAUUAAAACAAAAUUAUAAUUUUUUUAUCAAUCGUAAAGAACUUUAUUUACAACAUUGGUGUCUUUGGUUUUCGUAGAAUAUUUUAAUCCUUAAAUUUCUUUUUUUAAAGGAUAUUUUUUGAUUUUCUCGAAAAAAAGGUCAAAUUGACCCAUAAAGAAACCAGUUAGAGGGUUAAGGUCUUCCACAAAAAUAAUCCUCAUACAAUUCCACAUUCCUCUGAUCAUAAGAAUUCUCUCAGACAUUAACUUACAACAUUUUUUGUGGUGAUUAUAGUUCAUAACCUUAAAUCAAAGACAUUAGAUAUUUAGACUAAUGAUUUAUUUGAUGUGCAAUGUGAUGUGCACGCGGUCGCUGCCAGAUAGAGAAGGGUAUUACAAAGCUUACGCGCUAUGUUUUAUAACAGCAGGCGGACUUGAGCCUAACUGUUGCUUAUGUAUUGGCAGUUCCCUUUUGUGUUAUAUUCGUUUCAGCAGUCCUGGAAUUAAGUAGGACUUGCUGACUUGCUGACAUGAUGUUGCCAUAUAAUAUAAUGUUAUAAAUAUAUUAUAAUAUAAUUAAAGAUUGUGGUAUGUCCCACAAAUACUCCCCUUGUUGGAGAAUGUUAUCAAAAUUGUUGAUACAGGAAAAAUUGCAUUUCUCCGCGAAUUCUGACGGGUCUUUUAGUAGACGGCGUAGAAAAUUCAAAUCUGAUACUAAUAAGUAAUAUUACAUUGGAAGUCGGGUUAUCCGAGCGUUGUGUUGUUGUCUUCAUCGUUGUCCUGCAUCCUAUCGUCGUUGAGAUGUGCGCUACCGAUUGCUGCUGUUGUUUUUGUUGUGUUUGUUGUCUGCGGUUGUGAUUUUGAGUGAUGUUCCACCAUUCCAUUCAAUUAUAGAUGAAAAUUGGAGGGAUGUCUGAUGCCGAAGAGACGAGCGAGAGCGUUAGCGAGCAUCUCAAACUAUGUUCUCUGAUCGGUUGUGAUCCAUAGCGGCCGGAUUGAACGCUUUGCUGCCGCUAUUGCAUAUAGAUGUGAUUGGAUGGUUGCAGUGUAGAUGCACUUCUUUGUUGUUGAUGUUGUGGCGUUGUAAUCGAUGUAUUUGUUGUUGUUGAGUUUUGUUGCUUUGAGUGAUGUUCCACCAUUCCAUUCGAUUAAAAAUGAAAUGUGGUGGGAUGUUUGCUGCUGCAGAGACGAGCGAGAGCGUUACCGAACAUCUCAAACUGUAUUCCCUGAUCGGUUGUACCUGCCGGAUUAGACAAUAUGAUAGGCUGUUGUUGUUGCAGCUGCACUUCUAUGUUGUUGUUGCUGUUGCCGGAAUAAAUCGAUGUUUGCUGCAUGUGGUUGUGGUAUUAGGCGACGGUGUAUCGUUCCACCAUUCCAUUCGAUUAUAAAUGGAGAAUAAUGCGCAUGUGUUUACUGCCGAGGGACGAGCGAGAGCGUUAACGAGCAUCUCAAACUAUGUUCCUUAAUGGACGGAUUGGGUGAUGUGAUGGGUUGUUGUUGUUGCUGCUGUAGGUCUCCUGUUUGAUGUGUCUGUAGUCUGGAACGUAGCUGUCUCGACUUCUGGGAUGGUGAAGAAAUUUUAACGAUUUGCUAUCACCAUCAAGAAACUAUUGUGGUCGUGCAUCCUGGAAAUGCGUAAGGCGAUCGACGAGCGUAGCGUAGAAGCCGUGGGCAAAGCGUAAGGCGAUCGAUGAACGCCCCUUUGAAGCGAGGGUGCUUCUGCUGAAUUGUGCCUUGGCGUAAAGAUGAGAAAGAUCGUAGUGGUAUUGCGUAAUUUCAUCGGAAAUGCCGGCGAGAUGAAAUUGUCCUUCGAGUAGGGCGAAUCACAGGCUAGUUGUUCAGAGUUGAAGAGUGGACACUGUAUUGAAACACGGAGCGGUGUUCUACUGUCGGCCGUGUUAUAUAGCGUAACAGGUUGACCUAGUUGGUUAAAAAUUUUGAGCGCUGCGCUCCCACGCCGGGAUGAUUAACAUGCGCGAAAAUUCCAAGUGGCUCCAAUCAAUUGUAGGUUGAACGAUGUUUGAUGGUGCUCCAAUAUGCUGUAGGGCGAGCGUUUUGAUGCUGCUCCAAUUCGUUGUAGGGCGAGCGUUUUGAUGCUGCUCCAAUCCGUUGUAGGGCGAGCGACCACGUGCACAGUUAUGAACAAAAAUCACUACACAAAGUGCACGAAUUAAAAAAAGCACUUUAGUUAAAAAUUUACGGACGAGUUUGCGAAUUUUAAAUUUGACUUAAAAACGCGGAAUAACUAUUAUACCGUAAAUCACGUCGAUCACGUCGAGGUCACCAAUUGUGGUGAUUAUAGUUCAUAACCUUAAAUCAAAGACAUUAGAUAUUUAGACUAAUGAUUUAUUUGAUGUGCAAUGUGAUGUGCACGCGGUCGCUGCCAGAUAGAGAAAGGGUAUUACAAAGCUUACGCGCUAUGUUUUAUAACAGCAGGCGGACUUGAGCCUAACUGUUGCUUAUGUAUUGGCAGUUCCCUUUUGUGUUAUAUUCGUUUCAGCAGUCCUGGAAUUAAGUAGGACUUGCUGACUUGCUGACAUGAUGUUGCCAUAUAAUAUAAUGUUAUAAAUAUAUUAUAAUAUAAUUAAAGAUUGUGGUAUGUCCCACAUUUUUUUCAUAUAGUAUAAUGCUCCCUUCGAACAAAAAAUGAAAACUUUGACCCAUUUAAAAAAAAAACUCAGACGUGCUGGACCAUAAGUUUGUUCUACAAAAAUGAUCUACUCAACAUACCCUUUCAGAAUUAUAGGGUCGCUAUUCCCCCUUAGGGGUCGCGACCCACAGAUUGAAAAACACUGUUAUAGAAGAUUGAUCCCUGUCUAUUUAGCUCUGCAGCGCUUGAUAGUGAGUCAUCCUGUCAGAUACCUCGUUUGCCGUAUUAGUUUUGCGGGGAUACCAAAUUCAGGCAUAACGGCAUAUUGGCAGCGCCUUUUCGUGCUGUCGAAAGUAAUUUGAUGGAAUCUACUGGUGGCUUAAAAUACUUUUGGUUUGUUAUUUACAAACUUUUCAUAGAUCGAAUGAGAGAAUGUUAUGUGUUAGCUUUAAUUAUAUUAAUUAGUUCUAAUACUCUCAAUGUUAGUCACAAUUCGUGAUAUACUAAAAUUUUCUAAUUCCUA